GCUACAAGCUAUUACUUAUACAAACUGUUUUUAAUUUUGAUUUUUCAAUUUGAUUAUUGUUUUCUAUAGCUAUUAGUAUCUGUAAUUGAUCGGAUAUCGAUAUUAUUACAUGAAAAGGUUGAAUUGCUUUAAUAUUAAAAUGUACCAAUGUUACCUAGAAUAGAGCCAUUAGCCAAUAGGUAUGUCAAGUUCGAAAAAUGUAAGACGACUGCACGAAUGACAGUUAACCAAUUUCAUAUUAUUUUUCAAUUUUCUGUUUUAUUAUUUCUGUAUUAUAAUCUGCAAUGAUACUUUUAAGUCAUAUUAUUAAUCUAAUAAAGUAGUUAUUUAACAAUAAAAAAUAUUCAAGUAAUAUGAUAACAUCAUCGACAAGGACUACAAGACUUCAUUAAGACCUAAAAUGCAUUUUGCACAUUACAAAGGAAGACUAACGGUUAAAUGCAGAUUCAUUAUAUUUUAUAGUCAGAAAUAGAUUGAUUAAAUUGAAGAAUUGAAUACUACACCUUAGGCCAGCACAAAUAAUAUUUAAUACUAAAAUGGAACAAAAUGCUAUGGAGAUAGUUAAUGAUAAUGCAUCAGAUGAAAAAGCUGAUGUUGAAAUGGAACAACUAAAUGAAAAAGAUAAACAAGAAAAACAAGAGUCACUUGUCAAUUUAAAUGAAUUAACAGAUUGUUGUAAUACUAAAAAUGAACCACAAGAAAUUAAUGUAGAUAAUAACUUAGAUAAAAGUAAUACUAAUAUAAUAUUAGACACAAAAUUAAAAAACUUAAAUGAAUUUGUAAGCUAUGAUGAUGUAAUACAAUUACAACAGUUAAAAAGUGGCCCAUCAUAUGAAGAUACAAGUGAAACUACAAUUAUACCAGAAUUAAAUAAUUUUUUCGAUCAAGAAUUAGAACCUGAACAAUAUUUUAAAUUAAUAUCCAAACAAACAGAGAAUUUUGAUUUAAGCUAUGACGAAAACAAUGUAAAUUUACCUAGCUUUUCUGAUUCACAUUGUACAGACAGUUUUUCUUGUUCACUUUAUUCAAAUAACAUAUCUGGCCCAUCUAGUCCAUCUUGUAUUUCUUAUAUGUCUUCUUUGCCUGGAACCUCAAAUGAACAUUCAGAAUAUAAUUUAACUAAAGAAGAUCUUUUAUUUAGUUAUUUUGAAAAAAUUUCUCAUGAUAAUCUUGAUCCAAUGUCAGAAUCUAAUGAAGUAAUUGAAACAAAAGAUGUUGACAAUUUUGAAACAGAGUUAUUAAUAAAGAAUAAUCAUAAUAACGAUAUAUUAGAAAAAAAAAAAUCAACAGAAUUCGAUCUCCUUCAAUAUGUAUUAAAAAAUGUAAAAUUAGAAGAUAAUAAUGAAGUUCAAAAGAAUUCUGAAUGUUUUGUAGAAGACAGAAUAAUUAUUAAUCCAGAUAUAAUGUACAAUAUUGAACUUAAAUUACAUCUUAAAAAAAUGCAACUCUUAACAGAACAAAUUUCAAAAUCCCCUGAUGAUUUAACGGUGUUAAAUAAAUGUAAGGAAUUAAUGUCAAUCCCUGAAAUGAAACACAAACUACAAAUAAUUACUGAAGAAUAUAAACCAUUUCCUGAAGAUAUUUCCGAAUCAAAUUGUUAUAAUAUUCAACACAAGGAUUGGAAUAAAAUAAUAGUCAGCCAAGCAGCAGUGCUCACUGAUGUUGGAUUUGAUUUUACUUCAAAAGAUAUUUUAUAUCUUCUAAGAGAUGAAGCAAUCAAUUACAUAAAAAGAUUAGCUGGUAUUAUGAAAAAAAAUGUUGAUAUUCAAUCAAAAAGCUCUUCUCCAAGCAGUAUUGAUCCAAUUCUGAAUAGUCUUAAAGAGAUAGGUGUGAAAGGUGGUGUGGAGGAAUUGAUCAAACAUUAUAAAAAUGUUGAUGUAUUUGAUAGACGUAAAAGGUUAUUAAAGGAAUGUGAACACUUUCAAUCAACUAUUGAUCAGUUUGUUAAACAUUCAUUAUUAACCACAACAAUUAAAAAUAAAAAUGACACUCCAGAAUUCAUUAUUAAAGAACAAUCAUCAAGUAAAACAAAUGUUACAAAGAAGAAUGUAGAAGAAAAAGCAUCCACAAGUAUUGAAAUUAAUCAUUUUGAAUCUAGCAAUAUUGAUAACAUAAAUACAGCUGCAGGAAAAUCUGAAUGUAUUAAAACUAAUAUAGAUGAUGUUUAUAAUAGAAAGAUGUACUAUACAAAAUGUACAAACACUGAUGUACAAAUUAACGAUCUCUUAAAAUGUUCACAUAUGAUAACUAUACCUUCAAACUGCAAAUCUAAUUCAUUUACGAGUAAAAAAUUAUUUUUAAGCACUAGUAAUGUAUGUAAACAGAAUGAAAAAAGUACUGAUCUUCUAAAAAAUAAAAAACUUUUUGAUAUGCUCAAGUCUGAUAAUAUUUUUGAUGCCACUGAAAACAAAAUGAAUAUUGAUAAAGUAAAAAUCCAAUCCACCUCGUCCUCUAUUACAGUUACUCCUAAUUCUGUUAAAUCUAUUGGAUUAGAUCAUGCAUCUUUCCAAAAAGUUAUUGAUGAAUUUAAUAAAAAUUUCGAUCAUGAAUCUAUUUAUGGCAACCGUUCAUCAACGCAAAAUAUACCUGUCUAUAAUGAUCCAGAUACCGACAAUGCAAUGAACGAAGAAAACUAUGCAGACUAUCUCAAUCGAGAAUGAGAAUAAUAGAUUACAACUAUAAAUCAAAUGCCAAGGAGACGUAUUUGCAAGGGAUAUUUUAUACAACAAAUGUACUUAAUAUAAAAAUGUAAUAUUCAAAAGAACUAAUUUUAUAUUGUUAAGAUUAAAAUUAAUCAAUUAUAUAAUUAAAAAUUCAGAACAUUAUCUGUGUUUAUAUCAUAUUUAACGAGUUACUAUUAUUUUUAUAUUGGAAUAUUUUACAUUUUUACACAUGCAUUACUUGCUUAAAAAAUAUAAUAUAGUAGAUUCUUCUUAUUUCUAUCUUUUUUUUUUAUUUUGAACUACAUUGAAAUCGAUAAUUUUUAAUUUUCUGUAACACACAAAUAUAACUUUUAUGACGGUAAGAAUAGAAAAUCGUACAAAAAAAAAAUAUUUAAAUUAUGUAUUUUUAAUUUUUAAUAAAACUCGAAAUCGUGAGUUGUUUGAUAUCUUGAGCCUUAAACUUCUUUUUGUUUCCCCCGAGAGUUGACAUAUUAACAAGAGCAAUGUUUUGCAAAAUACCAACCUCAGAUACAUAAAUAGUAUUUUUAUAAAUUUAUGAUACCAACCCACCAACACAAAUAAUGUUCUUAUCUUUAAUUUUGAUAAUAUAAUUUUUAUUCUAAUAUUAAUUAUAUUUUAUCAUAGACCUUAUUAUUUAGUAUUAGGUCUAUGUAUUUUAUUUAUAUUUGUAACUUUGUAUUUUGUAAGGCAGAAAUAACUCUUGUGAGUGUGGUAGUGGCAGUUACCUUUGAAAAAUUGUAAUAUUGUUUAAAAAAAUUGGAAAAUAGUGAAGUACAUAAAAUGUAUUAUUGUAAUAAAGAUACUUUGAAAAAUUU